AUUUGUCCAGCCACCUGUCCGUCAAAUACUUCCUGUCACUGUACUUCCUGGAUUCCUGAAUAAGUAACAUAGUAACAUCACCCAGUUGAUACCUUCACUGUCCAUGAUUUUCCUUUUUAGACAUCAUCGUCACCAUCGCCAGAACCAGGAUCAAUGGCUUUCAGAAAGGCAGUGAAAGGAACCCUAAUAGGGGGAGGAGCUGUAGCAACAGCCUUCGGCCUAUCACAGUUCUUUGAAUACAGGAAGAAUCAGCCUAAAUGGGCUCGGCUGGCAUAUGUUGAAGCGCAGGGUGAGCUAAAGGUGCCGUUUAAAGAUGCUCUCCCAACAAGAGAGGAACAGCUUUCAACACUGCGAAACACAGAGGAGUUUGAUGUUUUGGUGGUGGGUGGCGGAGCCACGGGGUCAGGAUGUGCCUUAGAUGCUGUCACACGGAAUCUGAAGACCGCCCUGGUAGAACGGAGCGAUUUUUCAUCGGGCACCAGCAGCAGAAGCACCAAGCUCAUUCACGGCGGAGUCCGCUAUCUGCAGAAAGCCAUCAUGAAACUAGAUUAUGAGCAGUACAUGAUGGUGAAAGAGGCCCUUCAUGAACGUGCCAAUCUUCUGAACAUCGCUCCCCACCUGUCUGCACCUUUACCUAUAAUGCUUCCUGUUUACAAGUGGUGGCAGCUGCCGUAUUACUGGGCUGGCAUUAAAAUGUAUGACCUGGUUGCCGGAUCACAGUGUCUGAAGAGCAGCUACAUCCUGAGCAAGAGCAAAGCACUGGAGCUCUUCCCUAUGCUGAAGAAAGACAAACUUGUGGGAGCCAUUGUCUACUAUGAUGGGCAACACAAUGACGCUCGGAUGAACCUGGCCAUCACUCUUACAGCGGCCCGCCAUGGUGCUGCUAUUGCUAACUACACAGAGGUGGUUCAUCUGCUAAAGAAACCAGACCCAAAAACAGGCCAAGAGAAAGUUUGUGGAGCCCACUGCCGAGACAUUAUCACAGGGCAGGAGUUUGACAUUCGUGCCAAAUGUGUCAUUAACGCUACCGGCCCCUUCACUGACUCACUGCGCAAAAUGGACAGCCAGAAAACUGCCAACAUCUGCCAGCCUAGUGCAGGAGUGCACAUUGUAAUCCCUGGAUAUUACAGCCCAGACAACAUGGGGCUGUUAGACCCUGCCACCAGUGAUGGCCGUGUCAUAUUCUUCCUGCCCUGGGAGAAGAUGACUAUCGCCGGCACAACAGAUACGCCCACUGAAGUCACUGCCCAUCCAAUCCCUUUGGAAGAUGACAUAAACUUUAUCCUGAGUGAAGUACGAAAUUACCUCAGUCCUGACGUAGAAGUGCGGCGAGGGGAUGUCCUGGCGGCCUGGAGUGGCAUUCGUCCGCUGGUCACCGACCCCAACUCCAAAGACACACAGUCCAUCUGUCGUAACCACAUCGUCAACAUCAGCGACAGUGGACUCGUCACCAUUGCUGGUGGGAAGUGGACAACCUAUCGUUCUAUGGCUGAGGAGACCCUUGACGCAGCCAUAAAGGCUCAUAACCUCUCAGCUGGUCCCAGCAGGACAGUCGGUCUGAUGCUGGAUGGUGGGAAGGACUGGACCCCCACCCUGUACAUUCGCUUGGUUCAAGACUACGGCUUGGAAAACGAGGUUGCUCAGCACCUGGCAGCCACCUAUGGAGGAAGAUCAUUUGAAGUGGCCAAAAUGGCCCAGGUGACAGGCAAGAGAUGGCCUAUAGUGGGUAAACGCCUUGUGUCUGAGUUUCCCUACAUUGAGAGUGAGGUGCAGUAUGCUAUAAAGGAGUAUGCGUGUACAGCCAUCGAUGUGAUUGCUCGCCGAACUCGGCUGGGCUUUCUGAACGUCCAGGCUGCGGAUGAGGCUCUGCCACGUAUCGUUGAGAUCAUGGGCAAAGAACUGCAGUGGACUGAGCAAAAAAAGAAUGAAGAGCUGGAGGCAGCAAAGAAGUUCCUGCACCUGGAGAUGGGUUAUAUGUGUGUGUGUGUGUGUAUGAGGAGGUGGAGAGAGAUCUCACUCACUGCCCAAGAGAUAGCGAGGUAUAAGAAGCGCUUUUACAAAUUUGAUAAGGAGAGUAAAGGCUUUAUCACAACAGUGGAUGUCCAGCAAGUGCUAGAGAAACUCAGCAUUCAUAUAGAUGAGAAUGCCCUCCAUGAGAUCCUCAACGAGGUGGACCUCAACAAAAACGGACAGGUGGAACUGGAUGAGUUCUUACAGCUCAUGUGUGCGGUCCAGAGAGGCCAAAUCUCUGACAGUCGUCUGGCUAUCCUGAUGAAGACGGCCGAGGAGGGCUUGGAUCUGAGAGGACCUGUCUCGGUUGACCGCAGUGGAGGCGGCGUUUGAAUCCCAACUACAAACCAAAACAUACACCAGACAACAGCUCUCACCACAAAGUUGGAUAAACACCAAAAAGCACUGUGCCCACGCUGGUCAGAUCGCAAGCACAUCCUCUCAAAUCAUUAACUCACCCAACCAGCUGGCUGCCUUUUACUACUGCCUUUUUUUACCUUUUUUUAGCAUACUUGUUUACAUUUAAUUUAAUUAAAAAAGAAAUUAGAGCAGAAUAUUAUUUCAAAGUGUAUUCUAGAAUCUUUAUUUUUAUCUAAUGCAUGCAGUGCCAUGUUGUGUGUCCUGGUAAGCAUGAAUAGAUUGUUUCUCUGAGCAGCUUUAUCCAGUGAGCUUUCUGUUGUGCCAUUUUAUUAAUGUAGAUUAUUUACUACUGAACACAGUGAGGUGUGAUUUAAGGGCUCCUGGUGACUUCUGAGGAAAAUAAUGCACUAUAUGUGAAUUUCACAGUUUUACACUGCAGUGCACACUGCUUAAUUGUUACUGUUCUACAGUAAUGAAAUGUGUUUUUUUUUUUUUUUGCAUUUUAAUCAUUUCAAAUUUCAAAUUUUCUGAAAAGUAUUUAUUCAAAAUAUAUAAUUUCCAUCAUACUGUCUUGUUUUUAAUUAAUGUGAUUAAGUAUACAAUUGUAUUACUGUAUUCAGAUCAGUUAUUUUAGUUUGUCUUAAACGGGUUGUGUACAGUUGUUCUGGUUCAACAGGAGGGUUUUACUAAUUAUAAUGAAAUGUAAGGGCUCUUGUUUGAAUGCUGAACAUUUUAUCCCUUAUUCAAAUUCAUGAACAAUUGGAACUCCACAUCAGAAUGUUUCCUAUAAAGUCUUGCCUGUAAAAGUAAUUGAUUAUCCAUUUGUCAUGAAAUAAUAAGGGAAUAUUAUAAGUGUACAUUUUUAUGUAGAGCAUGGCAGGGAAUGUCCUUAAUGUGCCUUGCUUCUUGAAGGGAUAGUUCACCCCAAAAUUGAAUUUCUGUCAUAUACUCACCCUCAUGUAGUUCCAAACCUUCUAUGACUUACUUUUUUUCUGCAGAUCGUAAAAGAAGAUAUUUUAAAGAAUGGUGGCAACCAAACUAGUUUUAGUUACCAUAGACUUCCAUCAUAGGGAAAACUGAAAAGAAACUCUGAAAUUUCUUAAAAUGUCUUCUUUUAUGUUCUACAGAAGAAAAAAAGUCAGACCGGUUUGGAAUGACAUGCUAAAUGAUAACACAGUUUUUGUCUUUGGGUGAACUUUAACUUUAAAAAGACACUUAAUGAACUUUGCAUGUUGAAACGCACAGUUUGACACACACUAAAAGAGUGUAAUCUUUUACUUGACUACGUAUUUUUGUGGGUUAACAUGCUUAUGUAUUUUUAUAUUCAGUUUAUGUCUGAAAAGCCUGAGAAACACAAUUCUGUAAUUAAAUAUGUCUGGUUGCCA